AUGAGUACAACACCUAAACCCGACAAACAGACAACUGAACAAUCAAAUUCCAUUUCUGAAGCUGAAGCUGAAGACAUAAAAAUGUUUCAAGCAACAAGAAGAACUGGUCGACGAAAUGCUACGGUUGAUUUUAGUGAACAACUUACCCAAGUUACUGGUUCUAAUUCGACUUCAGAAGUAGAUAAAAUGACACCACAUUUCAAUUCAAUGUCUAUUAAACAUUAA